AAAUCUAAAUAAAAAAGUAUAACCUAGUUAUCUUUUGCUUGUCAUAUCAAUAGAUCUAUGAUAAAAAAAGUACUUUAAAUCUAAGUAUAAUAACAAGUAUUUAAAAAUAUUUCGUUAUCACUCAAGUACUCGCUACCACAAUGUUCAAACUAUCUGCAAAAAUACACACAUUUGUGUAUCACCCACAAUUACAAUAAUUAUAAUAAUAGUAAUAAUAAUAACACAUGUAUCUCAAAUUUUUUAAACUCGAUGACGUAUUUUUCACCAUCUCAAUGUUUUCAAAAGCCACGUAAUUAAUAUAAAUAAAGAUGGAAAGAAUGAUAAAAUAGUGAUAAAAAACUAAUAAUAAAAUAUAUAAAUGUGUUGUGAUUUUUUGUCAUCCUCGUGGUCAAUUUAAAAGACCACAAGUUUAUAGAAAUUAACCUAGCAAUUUAAAAAAUAGAAAUGCAUUCCUCUAGCUCCACUGCUCCUGAUUAUAUCAGCUUGAAUAUCAAUGAUUUCGAUAUUAAUUCGCGUAUUACAUCCAAGAGUUUAUGGCGACAAUGGAACCAACUUUCCCGAUUUCAACGUAAUAUAUUUUAUAUUUUAUUAGGAACGAUAUUGAUACUGACAUUUUAUUUUCUAUCUGGUAACAUAAAUUCAACAAUUGAUUAUGAGAAACCCAUAGCUAAAGUAACUUCUAAGAUAGCAAAGUUAGAAGAAUUAGUACUAGUAGAUACUGGUGAACAUGCAGAACAAGUAGAAAAUGCUGAUACCGGAGAUCGGGAUGACAACCCGGAGCAUAUUGAGCACGUGGAGCAGGAAAAAGUCGGGGAAGCCCAGGUUAUAGAGGAGCCUGAGUUCCAGCCAGAGGUGAAUCAGAUUGACGAUGACCAGAUCGGGGAACCGCCGCAGCCGAAGCCCAAUGUCGUUAAAUUCAACGGGCCGCAGAACGAACGGCAGAAGGCUGUGGUGAAGGCUUUCAAACAUUCGUGGGACGGCUACACCAAGUACGCGUGGGGUCAUGAUAAUAUAAAACCUAUCUCACGUGGUUACCACGAGUGGUUUGGUCUAGGACUCACUAUUGUUGAUUCACUUGAUACGAUGUACAUGAUGGGUUUAAAUGAGGAUUUUGCAAAAGCCCGGGCCUGGGUUGCUGACAGCCUAAAGUUCGACCUUAAUCGCGACGUUAAUUUAUUUGAAGUAACAAUCCGUGUCCUCGGUGGACUCCUAGCAAUUUAUCAUCUAUCAGGAGAUAAAUUAUUCCUAGACAAAGCGACCGAUCUAGGUGAUAGAAUGAUGCCCGCAUUCUCAACGAGCUCAGGAGUACCCUACUCUGACGUUAAUCUGGGAACAAAGAGUGCCCACAGCCCUAAGUGGGGACCAGACAGCAGCACAAGUGAAGUCACGUCAAUUCAAUUAGAAUUUCGUGACUUAAGUCGCAGUACUGGACAGCCGCGCUUUGAAGCAGCCGCUGCUCGAGUGUCGGAGCACAUUCACAACUUGGAAAAGUAUGAUGGGCUAGUGCCAAUUUUUAUAAACGCAAAUACUGGGCUGUUCAGAAAACACGCGACUAUCACUUUGGGAGCACGUGGUGACAGCUAUUACGAGUACUUACUUAAACAAUGGCUACAAACUGGCAAAACGAUUAAUUAUUUACGCGAUGAUUAUCUCCUGGGGAUAUCUGGUACCCAAAAACAUUUAGUUAAACGUACGGCUAAAAAUAAAUAUUUAUUUAUUGCUGAACUGGUGGGCGCGUCGCGGGAUAUGAAGCCCAAGAUGGACCAUCUGACGUGUUAUUUACCUGGUACACUUGCACUGGGAACUCAUCAUGGGUUGACUACUGAGCACAUGGACCUUGCGAAGGAACUUACGACAACCUGCUACCAAACCUACGCCAUACAGCCGACAUUCUUAGCGCCUGAGAUAACUUACUUCAAUGUACAAGGUACCAAUGACGAUGAAAACCAAUUGGACAUGUACGUUAAGAGCACCGAUGCGCACAAUUUACUGAGACCGGAGUUCAUUGAAAGCCUUUACUACAUGUGGUACUUUACGGGCAAUAAAACUUAUCAGGACUGGGGAUGGCAGAUAUUCAAAGGGUUUGAAAACUAUACGAAAGUUGAAAACGGUUAUACGAGCAUCGGCAAUGUACGUAACCCGCAGAACACUAGGCCGCGCGAUAUGACUGAAAGCUUUUGGUACGCGGAAACUUUGAAGUACUUGUAUUUACUGUUUGACGAUACGAGACAGUUGAUUGAUCUUGACAGAUGGAUUUUCAACUCCGAAGGACAUCCGCUACCGAUUUAUGAAAUUUAAAUUUUAAUUAUUUAUGAUAAAUUAUUGACUGAACAGAUUUUUGAUUCGUUUUUUAAUGGAAUAAAUUUUGAAAUAACCUUUGAGUUUUCGACAUGUUUUUAAAUGUGACUUAAAAAUUAUUCAUAACAAGUUUUGUUCUAGAUGAAAAAAUUUUUUAUUGAUAACUUUUUCAGAAUUUUAUACUUAAAACCAAAUUCGUUUUUGUAUUUUUAAAAAUUACCGCCUUAAGUUUUACUGCAUUUAAAUUAACGUGAAAAAGUUAUCAAUAAGCCGUCAGCUCUAGACUUGAAUUUAACUUUUUAAAAAUAAUUACUAGAAUGUAAUUAAUUAGAUGGUUUUUUGUAUUACUUGCAUUGAAAUUAGUUUCGAUGCCUGUUUCAGGCGUAACUCAAUUUUAGACCCUCAGUUUUUUCUCUCAGCUCGAUACCGAAUCGAUCGAGAUCUAUUUCAAUUAUUUUUCUCAAUUUAUCUAUAAAUUACACAUUUAAAAAAUCCCUCUCUACUUCUAAUAUGCUCAGAAAAAUAGAAAAUGACUCACAUUAAAUUUCCUGCUGAAAAAUAAAUUCCCGUAUAAUUUUUACGCGCGCUUUUGGUAUUUAAUUUAAAUCAGACAUUUAAACUCUGACUUUUAAUGCAGGUAAUUAUGAAAAAUAUAGAGAGCGACUCGUGAUAAAACAAAAUUUCAGACUCAGUGUGAUGCUAGUCCUCACUCUGGUUUGAAUUUCUUUUGUUUGAUCCCUUGUCACACGAUAAUCUAUCAAGUAAUGCCAUAAUUUAAAGUUUUAAAAGACGACAUUUAAUGACAUUCCAUUAAAAUUUAAAUAAUGACAGAUUUUAACCCACAUACUUUAAUUAUUUAACCAAAAGAUCGUAGAUGAGGCAAUUUAUGGCAUUACGAUAUUGCAAUUUGUGUAGAAAACUCUAGUCUUUUUACAAAACUUAUAUUAUUUUAUUUAAUUAAUUAUUGUAACUAUAAAUAUUUUCAGAGUUGAUCAUAUUGAUAUUAAUAUUUAUAUAUUCUAAAUGAUCUGACUUCCUAAAGCAACGCACUACAGUAUAAACGGCAUUUUACAUUAUAAUGAUUCUUUUUUACGGUUUAAAUAAAUUUAAUUAUCGAAACGUAAACUUUUCUUGUAAGAAAUACAAGUAAAAAUAUCAUUUGUACAGAAUAGAUAAUAGUACGUAAUUUAAUAGGAAUUAU